AUGGCCGAGGGUUUCGUCACAAACCGGGGACGCCUCCGGGUGGGCCCUCAACCGGCGCCUCCACCCAGCCGAACCUUCUAGAAAUAAUAGGGCUCUGAGUGCAACUACCUGGCGGCCGUGGCUUUGGCGUGAGGCCAGGAUCACCCGCCCCACCUCGCACGCAGCAAGAACCCAUGAUUAGUGGGUUGGGCGACCCGAUGGAAGGAUCACAGAAUGGAGGGGGAGGUCAGUUUAGAUUCUGUCUAUCAAGCUGUUCAAGCUUUAUACCAUCAUCCAGAUCCACAGGGUAAAGAGAGAGCUUCAGCCUGGCUGGGUGAAUUCCAAAAGUCGAUGUUCUCAUGGCAGAUAUCCGACCAGCUGUUGAGACUCCAGCGUGACAUCGAGUCGUGCUACUUCGCUGCCCAGACUAUGAAGAUGAAAAUCCAGUAUUCAUUUUACGAGCUGCCCCCUGAGAUGCACUCGUCACUUCGUGAUUCACUGCUCACACAUCUGGAGAGCCUGAAGGACUUGUCCCAGGCCAUUGUCACACAGCUGGCUCUCGCUGUUGCAGACCUUGCCAUACAGAUGACAUCGUGGAAGAGCUGUGUCCAGACACUAAUUGAGAAGUAUGGCAAUGAUGAAUCUGCUCUACCAUUCUUGCUGGAGAUUCUAACUGUCCUCCCGGAGGAGGUACAUAGUCGCUCACUGCGAAUUGGUACUAAUCGAAGGACGGAGGUCAUUGAGGACUUGGCGUACCAUGCCAGCCUGGUGAUCGGCUUAUUGACAGCCUACAUGGAACGUUGCAGCCAUGAUGAGAAGUUGGUGAUAAAGGUUUUCCGAUGUCUGAUGAGCUGGAUUAAUCUAGGCAUCUUGCAUACCGACCACAUCGCCAACAGCCAGCUGCUGGUAGCCCUUUUCCAGGUCCUUAGGCACAACCAGACGUCCUCAAAUCUGCAUGAGGUGGCUAGUGAUUGUGUCUGUGCUGCCCUCUAUGCUGUUGAAGGCUUGCAGGAGAGUCUACGCCUGGCACUGCAGUUGCAAGAAGGAGUGUUGGCACUUGAGGACGCUUACCACAAUGCAGUUGCCUGUGAGGAUAUGGACAAAGCCCUGAACUACUGCCGUAUUUUCACUGAGCUGGCAGAAACGUUACUGGAGAUGGUUAUCCGCUCACCAGGCCAAGGACUGGGUGAUCUUAAAACACUCAACCUCAUCUUGAACUGUGUUGGACAUGAGCAGUAUGAGGUGGCAGAGAUCACGUUCAAUUUCUGGUACAGGCUGGCGGAAACACUGCACAAGUUGAAGGAUCCCUCAGUGAAUCAGAUUUUCAGACCGUACUUCCAGAGGCUCACUCAGUCUCUCACCUUCCACUCUCAGAUGGACCCUGAUCAUGAAGGCGUUCUGGAUGAGGCGGAUGAGUUUUUUGAGUUCAGGCUACGGGUUUCCGACCUGUUGAAAGAUGUUAUAGUCCUUAUUGGAGCUUCAGAGUUUUUCCUGCAGUUGUAUUCGACACUGAAGGAGGGCAGCCCGGCCUGGGAGGAGACAGAAGCAGUGCUCUUCAUCAUGACUGCAUUGGUCAAAAACUUAAACCCGGAAAAGGAGUUGCGGCUGGGAGAUGUUGUUCAGGCGGUGAUCAACCUCCCUGAUAAUACACACCUGGCAGUGCAGCAUUCUGGAGUGCAGCUCCUGGGGGAGCUGGGAGAAUACGUCAACAGCAAUGUGCAGUGCCUAGAGCCAGUGCUGAAUUUCCUGACACAACGUUUGAAGCAGAGGGAGCUAGCGAACGCUGCGGCCAACUCGACCCAGAGUAUCUGCGCCAUGUGCAGUGACCCGAUGACACGGCACUUUGAGGGGCUGCUGCAGGUGGCCUCAUCCUUGGAUGCACUCCCCAUUUCACACGACUCGUCCAUUGGACUUCUCCGAGGCAUUUCUUUGGUGUUGGCUCGGAUGCCUUCAGAGAAGAUUGAAGAAACCUUCCAGCGCCUCUGCUCCAUGCAGGUUACUGCUUUAAAGAAACACCUGGCGUCAGACAUGACCAAUGGCAUCUCAGCGGACCCCGCCGUGUGGUUGGAUAGGCUAGCAGCUAUUUUCAGGCACACGAACGCCACCGUGGUGGAGGGGAGGCCACACCCCUUUCAGAAAGUCAUCCAAGAGAUCUGGCCAGUGAUUUCGGAAACCCUGUACAGGCAUCAGGCUGAUAAUCGGAUGGCAGAGCGAUGCUGUCGUUGCCUGCGCUUUGCAAUCAGAUGUGUCGGUAAAGGAUCUGCCAUGUUGAUUCAGCCUCUGGUAUCUCAGAUGGUGAGCGUGUACCAGUCCCACCAACACUCCUGUUUCCUAUAUCUGGGUAGUAUAUUGGUGGAUGAAUAUGGCAGUGAAGAGAGCUGCACACAAGGUCUUCUUGAGAUGAUGCAG